AUGAUUAAGGAGGACUUCUGUGUUCCGCUAGGCUGGAAUGGAUUGUUGUCGAUCACAUUGCCAGGACAAUAUUUCGAACGGUUAAUCUCACCAUACGCACCCUGGUAUCUUGAACUUGCCACGAGAGCAUGCACAUUGCGCUUGGAACUUCAUGUCUUCGGACAUCACAAAUGGUGCAGCCGAGCUGAUGUACUUCCUUCCGGACAAUUAGCAUGGCAUACACCUGUUGCCACUGACUUCCCUGUGACAUCGAAAGGGCCAGGCAGAAGGCCUGGCAAGGGGUGGGAGAUUUUAUGGAAUCAUGCAGAGAUGCCCAUGGCUUUCAUUUUCCAGGAAUUUGUCAUGCCUGGCGAUUAUGCGAUUUCAGUCACCGAUGCUGCGCUCUACCGAACACCUCAGAUGGAAAUGACAUCACCGCAUCCCUUGUGCCUGCAUUGGUCCCUGAACAUCGAGGGAUGGAUAAGCCACCGUGAGGUACUCGUAUACUAUGAAGUUGGCUUGCAAGUUCCAUAUUGUUGUGAACGGACGACAACUUUACCCAGUGAACACAAUAGAACUGGUGGAGCAGGGGUGAACUACCACCGCAGGUGGCACAUACAAAAGCAAAUCACACCAGAUGUGAUCAAAAAAUAUCAGCAAUGGAAAGAUCAGAUUGGAUUAAGGAGUGCCUGA